AUGCCCGCUACGCCAGAGGAGAGAGGCGAAGCCAAAGAAAGGGCAAUCUCCAACACGGAAGAAGUCUUACAGGAGGAGGUACUAAAGUGUCAAAAAGUGAGUAGGUGGUGUCUAGAAUAUUAUCUGCAAGUUAUUACUACAAAAAUGGUUGGAAGAAGUCAAAUAAUAACAAGAAACAAGGCGACGGUACCAUCGCAAAAUAGAAACCACAUGGCCGACCGUGUAAACAACCUAGAGGUGAACCUGCAACAAGGUUUGCAGGAAAUUAAAGAUAAAGUUCUGAGUAAUCCAAACACCCCUAUUCAAAAAGAUGAGCUUACUAACGCAAUAGCAGAAUUCGAAUCGAGAGUUCUAAAGGAGAUUCAGGAGGUCAAAAAUAUGCUGGAAGAGAUGAACAAGGAGGUGGAAUACUCCAAACAAGAAAUCAAAAGUAACUGUCUGGUUAUCAACGGCAUCAAAGAAAAAAAUAACUCCGAUAUUUCUACGGAAAUAAUCAGUAUUAUUCAAAAUAGAAUAAACAUCGAUGUUUCCAAAUCCGAUCUUGACUAUUGUUAUCGCUUGGGCCAAAAAAGUGAAGCAUCUACAAACAAAACACGGCCAGUUGUAGUUCGGUUUGUAAACAGAUGGCUACGCGACGAUAUAUUUAACUUAAAGAAAAAUCUUAAGGGAUCGGGAAUUGUUAUAAACGAGUGUCUAACCGCUAAACAAAUAGUGCUGCUAAAAAAAGUGCGUGAAAAAGUAGGUGUCAAAAACUGUUGGACCACUGGGGAUUUUCACGCCAACUGCCUUGAAAAUCAUGAUGUCAAAGAACAGAUAUUAGUUGAAGCACUCGAUGGAAAAGUUGACCACGAUGAUGACUUUUAUAAACACAUCUUUUGCGUAACGAAGAAAGCCAAUCUUAUUGACGACAAUGGCGUGGUAGACACCAGCAAUUUUGAAAUCGAUAUGGCUGCAGUUAUAGAUCCCCAUAACAUGGAUAAUGUAGCUGCGAUUGUCAGAAAAUGUCUUAUUGAAAAAGAUGAUAUCAUGACGACUAUUAAAGAAGCGGUGCAAUGCUUUUUCAGCGAAGAACAUAAUCUGUAA